AUGGAGUUCCUUGAAAGCAGUUAUCUUGUGAAUGACAAAGCCACCAAGAUGUACACCUUCACACUAGACAGUGUGGCUCCCCAGCAGAAACCCGAGAAUAAAGCUCGAUGUUCUGGAGAGAAGCCAGAGGAGCUGGAGUCAGGAGCCAUCUAUCACUGUCACGGCAACACCAAGGACAAAGCGAACAGGGCAAACGAGCACGUCUAUGCCAAGUGGAAACUCUGCGCGGCUUCAGGAAUAUGCUUCAUAUUCAUGAUUGCAGAGGUCGUGGGCGGCCACAUUGCUGGGAGUCUUGCUGUCGCCACAGACGCUACCCACCUCUUCAUUGACCUGACCAGUUUUCUGCUCAGCCUCUUCUCCUUGUGGCUGUCCUCAAAGCCUCCCUCCAAGCGGCUCACAUUCGGAUGGCACCGAGCAGAGAUCCUUGGUGCCCUGCUGUCCAUCCUAGGUGUCUGGGCAGUGACCGGUGUGUUGGUGUACCUGGCGUGUGAGCGCCUGCUCUACCCAGAUUACCAGAUCCAGGCCACUGUGAUGAUCAUCGUUUCAGGCUGUGCGGUGGCAGCCAACAUUGUACUAAGUGUGAUUUUGCACCAAGGACACUCUGGCCACAAUCACAAGGAUGCGCAAAUGAAUGCCAGUGUCAGAGCGGCUUUUGUGCACGCUCUCGGCGAUCUGUUUCAGAGCAUCAGUGUGUUAACCAGUGCACUGGUUAUCUACUUUAAGCCAGACUAUAAAAUGGCCGACCCCAUCUGCACAUUUGUCUUUUCCGUCCUGGUUUUGGCCAGCACCGUCACCAUCUUAAAGGACUUCUCUGUCUUACUCAUGGAAGGUGUGCCAAAGAACCUCACCUACAACGAUGUGAGAGAGCUCAUCUUAGCGGUGGACGGCGUGGUGUCUGUGCACAGCUUGCACAUCUGGUCGUUAACAAUGAACAAGGUGAUUCUCUCAGCGCAUGUUGCUGCAGCAGCCAGCUGGGACAGCCACCGUGUCCGGAGAGAGAUUGCUAAUGCCCUCAGCAACAGCUUCCCCGUGGUGCAUUCACUCACCAUUCAGAUGGAAUCUCCAGCCGACCAGGACCCCGACUGCCUUUGCUGUGCAGCCCCCCGGGACUAG